CCUUCGCCAUUGUACUUUCCCUCAUCCUACUACUUCCUUCAUACGCCAUGCUCAGAAGACUCUCCACUGCGUUCAAGAGUCCAAAGAAGAAAGAAAACAGCCAGACCAAUGGCAAAAGCACUUCUAAGGGCAGCACAGCACAGUCUGCUAAAGCCGAUGAUUCGGCCGACCAUGCCGCUGAUCAGGAGGAGGUGGGCAACGCAUUCACACAGUUUGCUCAGCUCCUACAUGCAGCAAGACGUCCAUUGCCCACUCAAACUGGCGAUGGGUCCUACAUUGAGAAAGACCCCGAGGGAAGCCUCAAGGAUGAUUUGAAAGCCCUUGGUUUCCAAAACCUCGCGACUCUCAAGGAAGUGAUUGCGAACAAGGCGAAGAAAGAGCACAUUGAUGACAAGACCUAUCUCAUGGAGCGAGUGAUUCAGCUCGUUGCAGGCCUUCCACACGCGUCUCAAGCUCGUAAGGAGCUCACCAAUGCCUUUGUCGAUGAGCUCUGGGAAAACUUGCAGCACCCACCACUCUCGUAUCUGGGAGACCAGUUCGUAUACCGCCAGGCUGAUGGCUCAUUCAACAAUAUCUCAGCUCCACAUAUAGGAGCCGCGAACACUCCAUAUGCUCGAAGUGUCCAGCCCAAGACUGUUCAACCAGGAGCUCUCCCUGACCCCGGUCUCGUUUUUGAUGCGAUAUUCGCCCGUGAGGAGUUCAAAGAACACCCCAACAAAGUCUCGAGUAUUAUGUUCUAUUGGGCUUCCCUCAUCAUCCAUGAUCUUUUCCAGACGGACCACAGAGACAUGAACAUCUCGAAGACGUCGUCCUACUUGGAUCUUGCUUCCCUAUAUGGCGACAAUCAAGAUGACCAGAACCAAAUCCGGACGUUUCAGGACGGAAAACUCAAACCAGACUGUUUCUCGGAACAGCGAAUGCUCGGUUUCCCACCAGGAUGUGGUGUUUUGCUCAUCAUGUUCAACAGGUUCCACAACUACGUAGUCGAACAGCUUGCCGCCAUCAACGAGAAUGGCCGAUUCACCAAGCCUAACCCCAACCUUCAAGGAGACGUAGCUAGGGAGCAGUGGGUGAAAUAUGACAAUGACCUUUUCCAAACGGGUAGGCUCAUCACUUGCGGCUUGUACAUCAACAUUACGCUGCUAGAUUACCUCCGCACCAUCGUCAACCUCAACAGGAGCAACACGACCUGGACACUGGAUCCACGUGUGGACAUGGCAAAGGUGUAUGGUACAGAUGGCACUCCUCGUGGCGUCGGAAACCAAGUCUCUGCUGAAUUCAAUCUCGUGUACCGCUGGCACUCUUGCACUAGCCAAAGAGACGAACAGUGGACCGAGGAACUGUACCAGAACAUGUUUGGCAAAUCUGCUGCAGAGGUUCCGCUACAGGAGCUCCUUAUGGGCCUUGCGAAGUGGGACAAGACUUUAGACAAGGACCCCCAAAAGCGUCCUUUCGCCAAUCUGGAGCGUGGUACAGACGGCAAAUUCAGCGACGAUGACCUCGUGAAGAUCAUCUCAGACAGCAUCGACGACUGCGCUGGUUCGUUCGGUGCAAACAACGUCCCCAAGGCACUUCGAGCGGUCGAGAUACUCGGCAUGACACAAGCCCGGCAAUGGGGGCUUGCUACCCUGAACGAAUUCCGCAAGUUCUUUGGUCUCAAGGCCCAUGAUUCGUUCGAAAGCAUCAACUCGGAUCCUAAAGUCGCGGAGCAGCUUAAGCAUCUCUAUGAUCAUCCGGACUUUGUCGAGCUGUACCCAGGGCUUGUUACAGAGGAGGCCAAAGUCCCGAUGGUUCCAGGAGUUGGAAUUGCGCCGACCUUUACCAUCUCGAAGGCCAUUCUUUCUGAUGCGGUCGUGCUUGUGCGCGGUGACAGAUUCUACACUGUUGACUACCACGCAAAGAACCUGACCAAUUGGGGUUACAAUGAAGCCGACUACGAUCUGAACGUCGAACAGGGAUGUGUCUUCUACAAGCUCUUCCUGCGUGCUUUCCCGAACCAUUUCAAGUCCAACUCUAUCUACGCUCACUAUCCGAUGACUAUCCCAUCCGAAAACCGCAAGAUCAUGCGCAGUCUCGGUCGUGAGAGUCACUACUCUUACGAUCGUCCUCAAUACAUUGCUCCUAGGAUCAAUAUCGUCACGUACCCCGGCGCCAAGACUAUCCUGGAAGACCAAGACACGUUCAAGGUGACCUGGGGCACCACGCUCCAGGAGCUUAUGGGAAAGGGUGGUUCCCACUUCAUGCUGUCCGGCGAUGCUCCUUUGCAUGCCAAUCAAAGACAGCUGAUGGCGAAGUCGCUGUACCGAGAAAAGUGGCACGAAGAUGUCAAGGCCUUUUAUGAGCACAUCACGCUGAAACUGUUGCACGAAAAGUCGUUCAAGAUCGCCGGCAUCAACCAUGUCGAUCUCACCAGAGAUGUCGGUAACCUCUCCCACGUCCAUUUCGCAGCGAAUAUGUUCUCGCUGCCAUUGAAGACGAAGAAGAACCCCAGGGGCGUCUUCUCGGAGCACGAGAUGUACAUGGCGCUCGCAGUCAUCUUCACCUGCAUCUUCUUCGACAUGGACCCCGCCAAGUCGUUCCCACUGCACCGCGCCGCCAACGCCGUCAGCAAGAGCCUAGGCAAGAUAAUCGAAGCGAACGUCAAGUCCGUCAGCCUAACCGGCGUCAUCUCCAAUCUCGCCGACAGCUACCGCGAAAACGAGAGCUUCCUCAAGGACUACGGCGUGCACAUGGUGCGGCGGCUGCUCGACGCCGGGCUCAGCGCCGAAGAAGUGACCUGGUCGCAGGUCUUCCCGACUGCAUGCGCCAUGGUGCCGAACCAAGCGCAAGUAUUCACGCAGAUAAUGGACUUCUACCUCUCGGAGCGCGGGGCGCAGCACCUCCCCGAAAUUCGGCGGCAAGCACAGCUUAACACACCCGAAGCCGACACCACUCUCCUGCACUACUGCAUGGAAGCGAUUCGACUCAACGGCACCUUCGGCUCAUAUCGCGAAGCCGCGGCCGCGCGGGACGUCGUGGAUGGAAAGAACAACAUCCGCGUCCGCCCCGGCGACAGGGUCUUCGUGUCUUUCGUCGGUGCGGCCAAGGACCCCAACAUCUUCCCUGACCCUGACAACGUCCACCUCGAUCGCCCCCUAGACGCUUACCUCCACUACGGCGUCGGCCCGCAUGAGUGCCUUGGUAUGCGCGCGAGCCGUGUCGCGCUCACGGCUAUGCUUAAGGUUGUUGGUGGGUUGGAGGGGCUGCGGAGGGCCCCGGGCCCGAAGGGCCAGCUGAAGAAGAUCCCCAGGCCCGGUGGGUUCUAUGUCUAUAUGCGCGAGGACCAUGGGAGUUACUUCCCCUUCCCGCUGUCGAUGCAGGUUUGCUGGGAUGGCGAGCUGCCGCCAUUGACGAAGUAGGCGUGUGGCGAGUGCGUCAUGAGGGGCAUCUGUUUGAUGCUGUCUUUGUCCCUGCCAGGAAAGUGUUCAGAUAAUAACUAACACGUGGUGUCGAUGUCAUCGGUGGAUGAUAAAUUGUCAGAGGGGAGCGAUCGUUUUCCUUAUCAGUGCAAGUAGUCAGGAACAUUAAAGUUCGGCCACCUCCUACGAUCCAAAUCACGAUGGUCC